GUGUGCUUUCUUUUGCGUCCGCACUGCACUGGUAUAAAUAUGACGUCAACAAUCACGUCAUCCUCCAAACAUAAAAAUGACCGGUUCAAGACACGCUAGAUAUCGUUCGAGAUCUAGUAGUUUAUCUCAGUCGCGGUCUAGGUCCAGAAAUUAUAUAUCGAUGUCCCGAUCUAGGAGUAGAAGCCAAUCUAGCACCGAGUCGAUGGAGGAUACAGUUUCUUCUCGCAAAACUCGACGACAUUCUUCGUCUGUGGAACAACCAACCGCCAUGGUCCUGAAAGUAGUUGAAGCCAUCACGCAGGACAGGGAAAUGAAGGGAUCAUCUCUUCAGUCCAUCCGCAAACAAAUUGCAGCCAAUUGUAAGGCUAUGCCUGUCAAUCUGCUGAAUGGACAAAUCAAGAAGGCGAUUAACAUGGGACUCAGCAGAGGAUUUCUAGUUCGUCCAAAAGGCUCGAAGGCCAAGGGUACCGUUGGACGCUUCCGCCUUGGGAAGAUCCCUGAUCUGGUGGUAUCUCGUCAUCCUCGACAUAGCAGGUCUCGCAGCCUUAGCGGAAGUCGACGUCGGAAGACAGGUGGUGACGAUGAUGGCAAGAGCAAGAGCAAGGGUGGAUCCCAUAAGAAACGUAAACGUAGUAAGAGCAGCAAAAAAGGAAAGUCGCGAACCAAGAGCCGAGGUAACAGCAUGACCCGAACAGUCAAAAAGCAAAAAACGGAAGGAAAGAAAUCUAAGUCGCGCAGACGAAAGAAAGGCAAAAAGGGGAAAGGCAAAAAGUAGGCCAGCCUACAACCACAAUUACAAAGGCCCUUUUAAGGGCCACCAACCCUCCCGAAUGAAAGUUUUGUUCAUCCAAUUUUAUAGCAACACACAACAACAACAAUAAUAAUAAUAAUAAUAAUAAUAAUAAUAAUAAUAAUAAUAAUAAGUUACAGUAACAAUACCAAAACAGUACCUAUGAAAAACAAUUGUAAACUGAUAGCGAGUUGGUUCUGUAUUGUGAUUGGUUAAUUACAUUCUUUUUACUAGGAUCAAAUAAAAAUAAGACCAGGAAAGGUAAUGACGUCAUAAGUUGACAAUUCAAGGGUCUACAUUUAAAUUGUAUACAGUUAGUUCCGUAUAAAAUCGAUUCGGUUUACAAUGGAUAUAACCAUAUUGACUUUUUAAAUUUGCGGGUGUUUGAUGCCCUAAUGCAUUCGGUCAAAAAUGACAUUUGCGGGAUAAAAUCGAUAAUAACACCCGCAAAUGUAAAAUCUCCAUAUGGUUAUCUCCUAAAUAAAAUAACUUGCUGUGGUACAAAAAAUUAUCAUGAAAAAUACAACCAUUCUCGUUCUCACGCUCUCAGGAUCCCCUCCCCGGUGAGGCUAAAACAGUUCUUUUACAAUCCAGCAUUAGGCUAUUCAUUUAUUGGUGUACAGGGAAAAUGUAGACAAAAACUUUCAUAGGAUCAUAUUUGACCCCCCCCCCCCCACACACACACACACACCCACACCCCACCCAGGUCCAGACCACGCUAGGCCCCUGACAAACGUCAGUGACCUGCAACAAAUGUGGAAAAAAGUCCAAGAAUGUUGCAUCGUGUAGACAGAAUCGUGAACAAAUGGGUGCAUGUUUUGGGACAAAUCUAUGAUACUCAAAUAACAAAAAUCACUUGAUAAACAUAGUAAUUAGGCGAUAAACAUAGUAAUUAGGCCUAUGUUUAAACUUUUGUUUUGUUUAACCACUAGAGCGCAUUGAUUUAUUAAUCAUCGAUUAUUGGAUGUCAAACAUUUGGUAAUUUUGACAUAUAGUCUUAGAGGAAACCUGCAAUUUUUUUC